AUGAUUAAUUUAUUAGAUAUUGAUUCUAUUGAAUCGAAAAGUAAUCAAGAACUUGACAAACAAUUUGAUCGAAUUGUAGUAUGUGUAGAAGCUAGACGAAAUGUAUUGAAACAACGAUUAAAAGAAAAAUCUCAAACAUGUCGUGAUAAUAUUUAUUCGAAACAAGAAAAUCUUAAUAAUAUCAAUUCGAGUUUAAAAAAAUGUUUAGAAGAAGGAAAACACGUAUUAACACUCAAUGAUUUUGCUGCAUUGUCUCGAUCGAAAGGUAUUAUUGAUAAAAUGAAAAAAGUUGAAAACGAAAAUGUUGAACAUCAUCAUUAUAAUCAUUUGCCUGACUCGAUUUCAUUUCAUAUCUCAAUUCAAACUCUUCUCGAAAUGAUUAAUACGGCCGGCAUUGUAGGAGAAAUACCUGCACCAUCAUUUAUAAAAGAGAACUGUAAAGUUGAUCGUACCAAUCUCGAAGUUGAAUGGAAACCAAUUCAAUGCGAACCACCAAUAACAGCUUAUGUCUUGGAACUUGGGACAAAUAAUAUGAUUUUUCAUGAAGUUUAUCGUGGUUUGGAAACAAAAUGUCAUCUGCAAGGUUUAAAAUCAAGCACAUCUUAUGUAUUGCGUUUAUAUGCAUCUUAUGAGAGACAAAGUGGAAAAACUAUUCUACUAUCAUUAAAAACGUUAGAUUUUGAUUUAAACAAUUGGAUAUUAUCUGUGUCCUCCUCAUAUGCACCAUUGAAUGCUGAAAAUACACGUGAAUCAUUGUUAGAUGGACAGUUUACAACAGGUGCUGCAACUUCCUACAGCUAUAGUAAUGAAUGGAUUAAAGCUACAUUUCAUCAUCCUGUUCCAGUAACAAGUGUAACAAUUGCACCACUGUAUAAAAAUCCUAAAGUAUGGAACCCACAAAAUGGUAAUUCUGGCACUUUACAAUAUUCUCAUGAUAAUAACAACUGGAUAACUGUUGGAACUAUCGCUUAUGUUGGAAGACAACAGCAAAAAAUUGAGAUUGAUAAUGUUACAGCUCAAUAUUGGCGAUUAUGUCAUAAUUGGUGUCUUGGAACAAGCAGCUUUUUAUUUAAAUAA